GGCUUCCACUGGCCCUUUGGGAAGGUGCUGUGUAAACUCAUCAGCACGGUGGCCUUCCUCAACAUGUUCGCCAGCGUCUUCCUCCUCACCAUCAUCAGCAUGGACCGCUGUGUCUCUGUAAUGUGCCCCGUCUGGGCCCAGAACCAUCGGACACCUCAACUGGCUUCUCUGGUGGCCCUGGGCAUUUGGAUAGCUGCCUUGGCCCUCAGUUCCCCUUAUUUUGUCUUCCGGGAUCUUAAAGGCUCUCCUGGGGAAGAGAACAUCACUCACUGCUACAACAACUUUGCCUUAUCAGACAGUUUCCAGUCAGAGGAGGUUGUUAAGCUGGGAGAGUAUCGUGCUCAAGCCUUGGUGAUGACCCGUUUUGUGGCUGGAUUCUUAGUGCCGUUCGUCAUCAUUCUUUUUUGCUACGGCAUUAUCACAGUCAGGCUGAAGGGGACUCGGCUCACCCGCUCAACCAGGCCCUUCAAGAUCAUGGUGGCCGUGGUUGUGACCUUCUUCCUCUGCUGGUUCCCUUAUCAUGUCUUUUCCUUCUUGGAGAUGUCCGCUGCCAGGGUAACACCUGGACUACAGACCUUUCUGAUGGUGGGAAUACCCUUGGCUUCAAGCCUGGCUUAUCUCAACAGCUGCCUGAACCCUUUCCUGUAUGUCUUUGUGGGACAGGACUUCAGGGAGAAGCUACGGACGUCUAUUUUGGCUGCUCUGGAGAGUGCUUUCAGUGAGACCACAGGGCAGACCUUAACCAAGAGCAAAUCCAGUGUGGAGGUAGAGUGUCACACCCUUUAA